UAUGGUGUUUGAUAAGUUUAGCAAGCAUCAUGUUAGUCCUACAUAUUCAGCUAAUGAUCUGAAAGUUUUAAAAAUAGCUUUAUUUGCUCCGAAAGAAAGUAACGGUGGCCUGAACAUAUCGAGUAGUGUACCGGCAAUCGCUUUGGGGGUAAAAUGGGUUGAGUUAGAGAGUGGUCUGUUAGACGGCUAUCGACUUAACAUAACCUAUUUUGACAGCAGGUGUGAGAGUAAAUGGUCUUUGGGAACUGCUGCUAGUAUUAUAGAAAAAGUAGACGUUAUAAUAGGUCCACCGUGUUCGAAUGCUAUGGUGCCUGUUGCGCAAUUGGCUUCAUUUUGGAACAAACCUAUAAUAGGUUGGGUAUCUACCAACAAGGAGUUAGAUAAUAAGAACGUACACUCCACUCUUGUGAGAACUUUGGGACCGGUCUAUAAAAUUAGUGUUCUCUUAAAAGAAAUGUUUGAAAAGUACAACUGGAGGAUAUGCGCUUUGAUCAGUACGAAAGCGGAUGGUAGUAGAUCGAUAAGAGAUGCGAUCGUAGAAGAAUUUUUUUCUGCGAAUAUUGAGAUUGUUGAACUUAUAGAAGUUAAUGAAGAAGAAGAGGAGAACGCCAUUAGGCGCGCUUACCGUAAAAUCAAAUCGGAAGCGAGAAUCGUCAUAUUAGCGAUUCCGUUAGAAGAGAUCAGGAGGUAUAUGUUAUUCGCCUACGAUGAAAAGAUGACGGGGGGUGAUUACGUGUUCUGGACGUUUGAAGAAGUGCCUAAUGACAAGUGGGUUAACGGAAACGAAUCUUGGAUAGGAGAUGAUAAUCGGAAUGAAGAAGCCUUGAGCUCAAUGAAAGCCCUAUUUCAUGUGGCAAUUGCUGAUAGUAUUGUUAACGAUUAUAGAGGAAGAGAAAAGGAAAAGUUAAAACAACUUGCAAUGGAAGCUUAUUAUAACGAUACUGAUCGUUGGGGGCAAAUAGCCGAGACACCAUCUCCGUGUGAUAAAUUCUGUUUCUAUUUGACGGAUGCUAUACGGAUUUACGCUCUACUAGUAAACGAAUCUCUAAGGAAAAAUAUUAGUUAUACGAAAGGGUUAACUUUCUUCAAAUUGGCUAAUAAUAGGGUCAUAAAUGGCACAACUGGAACGAUAUUCAUUGACGAACUGGCUGAUCGACAGCCAAACUACUGGGUUUUAGAUCUUCAACCCGAUGGAAUUAUGCAAAUACAAACUGUUUUAACCUGGCAUUUGGAUAAUCGUAGCAGGCAGUACUAUGAUUUUACCGAAAUGAAUGAGCCUCGGUGGCCCAAUGGAAAAUACGGUGAGGAAAAUGCUCCACCGGAUCGGCCUCCUUGUGGAUUUCAGAACGAAUUAUGUCCAGAACCCUUUCCAACAGUUGCAACAGCUUUAGUUUCAUCUUCUGUUGUUCUAUUAAUUGUAAUUAUUGCGGUAGGAGUAAAGGUUUAUCGGAGGAAACGUUUUGAAAAGACUUUAGCCAGCAUGCUUUGGAUGAUAGACUAUACAGAAAUCAAUUUCGACAUACGUAAUUUUUGCAGAUAUGGUAGUUUCAAUGGUGUUGGAUCAUUUGGAAGCCAUCUUGUCGAUAAAUCAAGUUCGAUAAGAUCACUUACAUAUUCGGAAACUGUUGGCCAAUUGUUUACAAAAGUUGGUAUAUAUAGAGGAAAUGUUGUAGCUGUAAGACGCAUUUCACGGGAAAAUGUUCCUCAUACAAGGCCUCUUCUUGUCGAAUUGAAUAACAUGAAAAAUUUAGCUAAUCCUAAUAUAUCAGUAUUUAUAGGAGCUUGUAUUGUUUCACCAAAUGUUUGUGCAGUUUGGCAAUACGAGAAUAAAGGCAGUUUACAAGAUGUCCUACACGACGACAAUGUCAGGCUUGAUUUUAUCUUUAAGCUGUCAAUAAUAGUUGAUAUUAUUAAGGGAAUGGAAUACUUACAUACUAGUUCCAUAUCAUCUCAUGGUCGCCUAAAAUCAUCUAAUAUUGUUAUCGAUAGCCAUUGGAUAUGCAAAAUAACUGAUUAUGGAAUGAACACUUUAUUGGAAGGAGCUACGCCAAAUUUCGAAAUGACUGAUCACGCAUUUUAUAGUAAUUUAUAUUGGACUGCUCCAGAGCUGUUACGAACAUCAUAUACUUUUCCGAAUGGAACGAAAAAAGGAGAUGUUUUCGCAUUUGGCGUUAUUUUCAAAGAAGUCAUAUGCUCUAAUGAGCCAUAUGCGGAAUAUGAGUUUAUGGAGCCAAAGGACAUAAUUGCUAAAGUUGAAAAAGGGCCAGUCGAAGAUGGGAUCAUUUUUAGGCCAAAAAUCGAUUCCACUGGUGCCGUUGAUAUGGCUGUUCUAGAUAUUGCACAUAGAUGUUGGCAGGAGGAUCCUGAAGAGAGGCCAACUUUUAAAAAUCUACUAAGUAUUAUUAAGAAGAUAAGCAAGGGGGCGCCAACAAAUUUAACUUCGGCUAUGAUUGCCCGAAUGAAGAAAUAUACAGAUAAUUUAGAAUCGAUUAUACAAGACCGCACUUGCCAAUUAAUGCACGAGAAAGAAAAAACUGAUAGUCUAUUAUAUCGAAUGCUUCCACCCUCGGUGGCCGAAGCCCUCAAGCAAGGAAAACAGGUUACCGCCGAAUGGUUCGACGAGGUUACCAUUUAUUUCUCUGAUAUAGUUGGUUUCACGUCAUUGGCAACUAAAAGCACUCCAAUGCAAAUUGUCAACUUAUUAAACAAUUUAUAUACUUGUUUCGACGAUGCAAUCACUAUGCAUAAUGUGUAUAAAGUUGAAACAAUUGGCGACUGCUAUAUGAUCGUCUCUGGCGUUCCAAAACGAUUACCUAGUGCUCAACAUGUUCGACAUGUGGCAAACUGUGCACUGGACCUGUUAGAAGCCGUUCGCCAUUUCCCUAUCAAACACUUGAAAAACGAGCAGCUGCGGGUUAGAAUUGGUUUGCAUUCUGGUCCUUGUGCGGCUGGUGUUGUAGGUCUGGUAAUGCCUAGAUAUUGCUUAUUUGGUGAUACGGUAAACACAGCCAGUCGGAUGGAAAGUAAUGGAGAAGCUAUGAAGAUACAUUUAAGCAGUUCAACAAGCGAAAUAAUAAAGAGUAGAUUUCCUUAUUUCGUGGUCGAGUAUAGAGGAAAGAUUCCAAUUAAGGGUAAAGGAGAUAUGGAAACAUAUUGGCUCAAAGAGAGAACAGUUUCGGUUGCAGAACAAGAGAAUUUAGAGAGCUUCGAAAAGCCAUGGAUAAAUACUAGUUUGAAUAUGUCGAAAAAACAUUCAUUACCACCCAUAGUUAAGGCCCUACCUAAAAUCAAUUUAGGGGGCCAGUUUAUUCAAUCUAGUCACGUUCAAAAAAAUAGAGGAUUCCAGGUAUCAGAUGGAUCAAAAAAAUAUCCAAAAAAGAGAAACUUAUCACCCGUUAUGGUAAAGAAUCCUACACCAAGAACUACACUUCAGGGUCGUAUUGAAAAACAUGAUAUGAAAUCUGAAAGAAAUUAUCUGACUCGUUACGCCUGGCCAAAGUUGAAAGAAAUUUGCAAAGGGCAUAAUUUAGAAUUCUAUGUGGUCGACAUGCGAUGGGGUAUUACGGAUAGCGCCAUGAACGAACACAAAAUUGAAAAUCUAUGUUUAACUGAAGUGAAAAGUUGCUUUAAAAUGUCCUUUUCAACAGCCUUUGUUACUAUAUUAGGUGAUCGUUAUGGUCAUCAACCAAUUCCAUGCUCACUUUCCAUUCGACUUUGGGAAAUAUUUAAAAAAUAUGCAAAUGAAGAUUUUUCUAUUAUAAACGAAUGGUAUAAACUUGACGAGAAUUCAUCGCCAAAUGUCUAUGUUUUACAACCAAUUAAAGAUUUAAUACAAUCUUUUGGUGAAGAUCCUAAAGCCGCUAAACAAUGGAGAGAAAUCUCAUCAGCAGUGAAAAAUGUUUUGAGACGGAGUUCUGAAGCGGCCUUUGCUGCAGGAGCUCUAGCAGCUGAAGAAAAAGACCAGUUUUAUAAAUCUGUAACCGAACAAGAAAUAGACGUGGCCCUAAUGAACUCGAAGCGUUCCGGUCGAGACAUUUUAGCGUUCGUUAGGCGUUUUAAACAACUACAAUCAAUCGAUACUAUUUCAAACAUAGAAACGUCAUCUGUGGAAAGAUAUUUAGAUUGCAGUAGGGAAAAUGUAAUGUGUGAAAUAGAUCAAUUAGCUCAUAAAAGGAGGCAAAGUUUGCAAGAACGAUUAUUUCAUUUAUUAAAAGACACUCAACUUAGUAAAUUCGAUAUCAACUGGUAUGACGACGGCGUUAUUAUCGAUAAGCAUCCGGAUCAUAAGGAUUAUAUCGAAAAUUUCUGUGAACAAAUUGUAAAGAACAUAAAAAAACAGAUCGAAGAAGAUAUUGCUAAUAGAAAUGAUAUUUUUCCCUCUUCAAAUUAUUUUUCUGAUUAUGACGAAAUUCUACAUCAUCUUCACUUAGCAAAAUCAAAACGAGCAAAUUUUCUUGGGCAAGACGAGACCCUGGAGAAAAUUCGAUUAUACAUAAACAGUUCAUCUCGAACUCCCCUCAUUAUACAUGGCAUUUCGGGAGUUGGGAAAACAUCGGUAAUGGCUGAAGCCGCUUUUAAAUGCCGUAAUUGGCUAAAAAAGUCGGGUAAAAUUUUACCAGUAAUAAGGUUUUGCGGAACGAGUUCUUUAUCCUCUACAAUAAUGCAGGUAAUGUAUACGAUCUGCUCCCAGUUUGCCGACGAAUUAGAGUUCUUACUAGAACCAAUGAACGUUAACUCGUGGAAGACAUUAAAAGCUUACCUACCAAGAUUUUUUAGACAAGCGUCUAGAUCUUUAAAGUUAAAAAAGACGCAAGCAAUUAUCUUUAUCGAUUCCUUAGAUCAGCUAGAUUCAGACGCAUUUAAUUUGGAAUGGUUUCCUCAAGAACUUCCACCUUUUAUCAAGAUAAUUUUUUCAGUUCUAUCGGACUGUGAACAUAAAAUCGUUGAAGGACUACGGAAAUUAUCAAUAGACACCAGCAAUUUUGUCGAACUAAAUAAUUUAUCAGCAGAGAGUAUCGAAAACAUUAUUGAGAUGACGAUGCGUAAAAAGAAUAAGACAUUAACUGAAGAACAGAGAAAUUAUGUUUUAAAAUCGAUUUCUCUUACCCCAACACCCCUUUAUCUGAAAUUAGCAUUGGACCAAGCAUUAUCUUGGCGUUCUUAUGAUUUAAUAGACGAAAAUACCUUAGCUAAUUCUGUCCGAACUGCAAUCUUCGCGUUAUUUGAUCGUUUAUCCUCUAGGCAUGGAACGCUCUUAGUAAAACGAGCUUUGGGUUAUUUAACAGCUGGACUUGGGGGCCUGUCGAAUGUAGAGCUAGAGGAUGUUCUAUCGUGCGACGAUGAGGUCCUAGAUAAUAUUUAUGUUUACCACGAUCCUCCAACUGAAGGCGCAAUUAGAGUACCACCCCUUUUAUGGGCUAGACUAAAAUAUGACAUUGAAGAAUAUUUAGUUGAACGACGUUCUCACGGAGUAGUAGCACUCGUUUGGUACCAUCGUCAAUUUCAGGAGGCUGCUCUUAUUAGGUUUUGUCAACCUGAAGAUGAAACUCUAAAUUCUACACUAGCGAUAAUUUAUAGAGCUGAGAAGGACUAUAAACAGACUAUUACUCUUAGUAAACGAUCAUUAACAAUUAAUGAUGCUGAUCGUUUCGUUACAAACCAAGACAGUGAUUCAAUUAGAGUAUUACGAUGCCUUCCCUAUCAUUUGCGCAAGUCGAGAAAUCAGGAAUUAUUUAAAAUCCAAAGUGUUUGCAAACUAAAAUUCAUAACUUCCUUUCUGAAACGCUUUGAUCUAGCAUCCUUCGUAAAGGAAUUAGAUGAACCCGUUGGCGGGGUUGUUGAUGAGGAAGUCCUAUAUCUCCAAAAUACCCUCUCCGAUCUCAGUAGCCUCACACCAAACAGCCUACCUUUCGAAUUAUUACUAAGGGUUCGACGAUCGCAUCGAAUGUCUUGCUUAGGGCGUCUACUAGACGAAUGUGAAGAAAAGUUAAAACAAACCAAAUUGGCACUACCACUUACAUCAUGUUUGGCAAUGCCGACAGAUGACAGUGACUACUGGAUGAAUUUACACACUGUGCGUUACAUUCUAGCCGUUUGUUUCAUCUCUAAUCAAAUAAUCGCUUGCUCCUUUUCUCGAACUGUCGUUUUUUAUUCCACCGACGGGUUCGAAUCGAUAAACCACGUUUCGUGUGAUAUUUCACCCGAUCGUCUAAUAAGUACUAAAAAUCUCAGAUUAAUAGCAUUCGAAUCGGCGGCUGGUAAAUUAGAAGGUUGGAAUGUUGAGGACACAAAGCAGAUGUCGCGCCUAGACAGUAUUCGUUCGCUUACUGGCAUCAUAACGAUCGCUUUAAGAGAUACAGCUCUGUUUAUCGUGCAUCGACAAAAUGGUGUAUUACGAAUAGUUUCGCUUGAUUUGACUUCUGAUAAGAUUUUAACAGACACAAAAGUCGAAGGGGAGACUUUAAAUUCUGGCAAAGCCGAUAGUCUGUUUACUGAUAACUAUUUGGUCCUCUGCAUUGAAUGUACAAACGCUGAGCUUAACACCAUCAGACAGGCUGAGAAACGAGGAAAUCUCCCAGCGAGCUAUGGUACACGAAGGCUUGUAUCUUUCAAUCUCAAAGAAUGUAAUUCGAAUCCAACUUCAACCGCAAUUGUGUGCAAUCGUCAAUUAACUACAACGCCGUGUCUGGCCGAAACUGUUUGUAUUCUUCAAAAGGAUUGUGUGGUCAUUGGUAGACAGCGUACAUGCCUUAUUUGGGAUAUUUCUGAUGGAAGCUGUGAUCAGCGAAUGUCUCAUAAGACAAACAUUGCCCAGUUUUAUAGGCCAUACUGGAUUGAAGGUGAAGGCGUUUACGAUAAGUACAGCAAAAAAAUUGCUUAUGGGUCAACGAAAUGCUUAUUUCAUAACGGAGAUAGUAUGAUAGCCUCCGGCUCUGAAGACGGAUUCAUCUUACUUUACGACAUUCACGGAAUAAGUCUUAUCGGUAAUGUCGGAAAAACACCUAAUCACGGGGCCUCUGUUGAAAAUUUAGCCGUAAGUAAAGACGGGAAAUGGAUUGCGGCCUCAUCAAUCGAUCAUUUAUCAAUUUUUAAAUUAAAUGAAACAAGCCUCAAAAGAAUAUGUCUUUUGAAAAUGUCUCACGUAAAUUCUCUCCUAUUUUCAGAGGAUUCGACCUUUUUAUCAGCAACUGUUCAAAAUGAUAAACGUCUCUGUUUGUUCAAAUUAGUCAAUUAA